UUCUCCAGGUCACUCCCAGUGAUACAUUGAUUAAAAAAAAAUUGUGUGUGUCAAAGAAACAGCCUCAGCACCAACACAUCGGUCUCAUUGGGGUUUUUUUCUCCACUUGGAGUUUCAUACUUGGAUUUGAUUAGAUUUUCCUCCUGAAAUAUUUUUGCUCUUGAUUUGAAACAUGGCCAAUGCUGGAAUACAACUUCUUGGCUUCACACUGGCCUUCGUGGGUUUCAUUGGCUCUAUCGCAUCCACUAUCAUGGUGGAGUGGAAGGCUUCAUCCUACGCAGGAGACAACAUCAUUACAGCUCAGGCACUUUAUGAAGGCCUCUGGAAAACCUGUGCAUCGCAGAGCACGGGCCAAGUUCAGUGUAAAGUAUAUGAUUCAAUUCUCCAACUACCAGCCAUUGUUUUGGGCACACGAGGACUGAUGCUGGCGGCCAUCUUUCUCUGCUUGAUUGCCCUCUUGGUGGCAAUGGUGGGCAUGAAGUGCACCAAGUGUUUGGCAGAACAGCCGGAGCAGAAAGCCAAAGUGGCUUUAACAAGCGGAAUCGUCUUGAUUAUUGCGGGCCUCCUUGCCCUGGUGGGAACGUCUUGGUACGGCCACAGAAUAGCUCAAGACUUUUACAACCCCUUCACACCAACCAACUCAAGGUACGAAUUUGGAAGUGCCCUCUAUGUGGGAUGGGGCGCUGCGAUCCUCAUCAUUAUCGGAGGAGGCUUCUUGUGCUGCAACUGCCCCAAACAGGACUCAGGGAAAGCUGCACGCUACCCACGAACCAACGCGGCCAGUAACUCGGGCAAAGACUACGUGUAGGCUGUCUUUCUCACCAGAAAUAAACUUGCCAUUAGAGGUUGUUAUGUACAAUUUUUUUGUGCAAAAUGUACAGGAUAUUGGUUUUGUUAAAUGUUGCUUUGUCAUACUAUUAUAUCUUUAACUAUCAAUCUAUCUAUGUAUCUAGUUUGCUAGCUAGGUAUCUAGCUAGCAAACUAGAUAGCUAGCUUUAGCUCUCUCUCUCUCUCUCUCUCUUUCUCGCUAUCUAUAUUAGGGCUGGGCAAUUAAACAAAAUCUAAUCGUGAUUUUGCUUUUUCUCAAUCUUUAAAACGUUAUAAUUAAAGAAAAAUGAUUGUGUUGAACGGUGCGUUUACAAGUUCCCGAUGUUAUCAAAGUACCCCCGAAUGCACGAUAUUUGUGUAGCAACCAUAGCGUGUCGUCUAUGUGAUUCUGCCGUCCGUGAGCAUGCUUUAAGCUGUUGAAUGACACCCCAGUCGCAGUGGACUGUAAAACACAUUGUAGAUUUAAACACAAAAUAUGCUACUGCUAAUCCUCAAGUCAGUGUAAAAUCCCACUGACAUGCUAAUGGGAAAUUAGCAUCAACUUCAAGGGUGAUAUUCCUUCAAAAUAGCAUCCAAAAGUUGUGAGAAUACAUAAACACUACUCAAAUGCACACAUUCUUCCCAUCUGUGAAAAACAAGUUGGAUUAAUAAAGCUCAAUCACAAAUUUCUUAUU